UGUUAUCGCAAAACAUGAAAAUUAUUUGAAAGUAAAUACAUAAAGAUUUAUCAUAGUUUAAAACCAUGGGGUCCAAGUUGAACUUCUUUGUCGUUUUGAAUAUCGUAGCAUUUUUCAAAGAAAUGAGCGGAUUUUUACUGCAGCCUGAUGCGGACACAACUGUUCAUGUAAACUGCGGAAAAGUACGCGGUGAGUGGUCAACGACAGACAGUGGAUUUUCGUUCAAAGGAAUUCCAUAUGCUGUUCCACCCGUGGGACAUUUAAGAUGGCGGCCACCGAUUCCAGUUCGCACGGAGAACAAUAACUGCUGGACAGGAACUCUACAGGCUCGACAGUUUGGAAGCCCAUGUGUCCAGAGAGAUUCAGUGAACAUUUCGAAUGUAAUUGGAAGCGAGGACUGUCUCUAUCUAAACGUUUUAACACCGACAUUGGAUACCCAUGCCAAACUUCCGGUAAUGUUUUGGAUUCAUGGCGGGUACUUAUUGUUUGGAAACGGAAACCAGUAUGAUAUUGGAUAUGCUCCGACCCUGGCAUUAGCUAAAAAACUAAAUGUUGUCUUUGUCAGUAUAAAUUACAGGCUGAAUGCUUUUGGUUUCAUGGCGUUAGAGUGGCUAAAAAAUGGCUCUUCAACAAACACUUCCGGUAACUAUGGUUUCAUGGAUAUGAUAGAAGGACUGCGUUGGGUUCAGGAAAAUAUUCACAGUUUCGGUGGUGAUUCAAGUCAGGUGACGGCUUUUGGCCAGAGCUCCGGAGGAACAUCGCUCAUAGCUCUACUUUCCUCGCCCCUUUGUAAAGGUCUAUUCAGUAAAGUGUGGAUGUUGAGUGCUUCACCAGUUAUGAAUAAAACAGCACCAGAAGCAUUUAAAGAUAAUGAAAUCUUUAUAAGGAAUGCAGGAUGUGGCGACGUUUCGUGUCUUUUCAACCUGUCAGCUUCGAAAGUGAUUACUAGCAUACCGUGGGACGUUUAUCCUUACUGGGCCAUGGACGAUUUACUAGCGUUACCUGAACGUGGGAGGUUUGACGGUGCUUUGGCCAUUGUAGAUGGAUAUGUUCUACACGAGACACCAUUCGAAGCUUGGGCACGGGGAAAUGGUGUGGACGUACCAGUGUUGAUAGGAAGCACGGCCCAAGAAGCUGACCAGUCGCCUGUUCCGGUUGAAGUUCUUAACUGGACAUGGAGUACAAGCGAAUAUAGAGACCACGUUACAAAGAAACUGUGUAACUUCAGUGACAUAGUGGCUAACGCAGCUUUGAAUUUAUACCCAGAAAAUGCCUCUACGCCGGAGUUUCAGCUUACAACUAUGAUCAGUGAUCUACGAGUCAACUGUGGUACGAACUACUUGGCAACUGUCAUAGCAGCUGGAAUAAUGUCACCAGUUUAUCGAUACGUUGCAACGUACUAUACGAAAGGUCAAUCAGCGACACCGUUUGGUACCAUGUAUCCAGUAAAUUAUGCUUAUCACGGUAUAGACAUAUUUGGCUUUUUCGGCACAAUGAAUAAUGUUUUAGCAAAUGGCCGCGGAUCAAAUGAUACAGUAUGGGAAGAUCGAGUGCAACGUGAAAUUUCGUCCUUCGUUAAGACGGGAAAACCAGACACAGCUGACUGGCUACAGUAUCCUGAUAGUACAGCUGAACUUGAUACAGAAACCAAAGCUUUUCGCGGUUACCACUCAUCUCAGUGUGAAUUUUGGCUUCAAAAUGGAUUUUUCUCCUACUCAUGGAUUAACUGAUUUUCAGUCAGUAUCAGACCACAAUACAGAUAAAUGUUUCAACUGAAAAUUUGUGCUAACUAUCUAUUUUUACGUUUUCAUUCUUUAUUUGGAGCAAAAACAAGUACAUGUUUAUGUUUUGUCA